AUUAAAGAAAAGAAAACAACCUUUCUCCGAGAAUCCAAUUAAUGGAAAAAAGUGGUCCUUUUCUGUUUUGGACAUCACGAGCGUCACGAGCCAUAUGAAAUGGAGGGAAACCAAAUCAAAGUUUCAAACCUAAACCAAAUUAACAUCAAAGUUUAACGUAAUUUCAAAGUUCAAAUGUUCGACCUUUUUUCCUCAGACCACCUUUUUCCGCUAAUAAUACAAAAAGAUUCUCUGUCCUAAUCAUCAUUACACCAUUAUGCUCUAUUGAAAAAAAGGAAAAUUCCACAUUUUGUCCAGCCUGAACAAAACCAACAUUUGUGUCUUGACUUUCUUCAAUUUUAUCGAUUUUCAGUUUCCCUCUUCCCUCAGGCAGGCUACCCAAACUCUACCAAUUCAAAGGGUUUCUUUCCUUGGUUUUUGGGGCCGACCCUUUAAUUUAAUUAGGGGGUGGGGGCCUGAGGAGAGGAGGAGGAGGAGAUGUCGAUGCAGAGCAGCAGCAACAGCGGCGGCGAGACCGGCCGGAGUUCCGCCGGGGCACCAGAUUUUUACUUGCCAGACGAGAUACUAUCGGUUAUUCCGACGGACCCUUACGAGCAAUUAGAUCUGGCUAGGAAGAUUACGUCAAUGGCCAUAGCUUCCCGGGUCACGAAGCUGGAGUCCGAAUCGGGGAGGCUCCGCCAGAAGCUCUAUGAGAAAGACCGGGUGGUGGUGGAGCUCGAGGACAAAGUGGCCCACCUCCAACAAGCUUUUCAGGAAGCGGAAUUGCGUCUCAAAAUCACUCUCGACGAAAAUAUGAAAUUGACAAAGGAAAGGGAUUCGCUUGCUCUCACUGCCAAGAAGCUUAGCAGGGACUUGGCUAAGCUUGAGACAUUUAAGAGGCAAUUGAUGAUGUCACUAAAUGAUGAUACUUCGUCGCAGGCUGAAACUGUUGAUAUUGUCACUUAUGACCAUUCCGUUCCAAAAGCAUAUGCUGUUAAAGAUGAGGAGGCAAAUGGCUAUACAUCACAACAUUCUUUUUCCACAAAGACAGAAAGUGCAGCAGGCAUUGCGGAUGACGCCACAAAGCAAACUGGGACAAAAUUUUCCUUGACACCAUAUUUGUCGCCGCGGCUUACUCCUACAGCUACUCCAAAAGUGGCUUCUGCUAAUGUUUCCCCGGGUAGGUAUUCUGCUGCAGUAUCUCCUCAAAAAACUUCUGGGGCUACCUCACCUGUAAAAAGUCAAUAUGAUUUCCGAGGGGGUUCACUUUCAUCAUGGUACCCAUCAAGCCAGCGGUCAUCAGCAGCAAACUCUCCACCUCGUGGGCGGCCUUUGCAAGGUCGUACUCCCCGAAUUGAUGGAAAAGAGUUUUUCCGCCAAGCCAGGAGUCGACUCUCAUAUGAGCAGUUCAGUGCAUUUCUGGCGAAUAUAAAGGAAUUAAAUGCACAGAAGCAAUCCCGUGAGGAAACACUGAGAAAAGCUGAAGAGAUUUUUGGAAUGGAUAACAAGGAUCUUUAUCUAUCCUUUCAAGGUUUGCUCAACCGGAACAUGCAAUAAAAGAAGGAAAUACAGGCAAAAGUUUGUUGUAGAUAAGGUAUUCUGGUUCCACAUAUCUCAUGUUGUUCUCCGGUGUAUAAUAUUUUACGUUUUAUCGUGGUUUGCUGAUGCGAAUAACCGAUACUGCUGUGUUUGCAGUUUUUGAGUUAAAGUUGAUCUGAUGCUUGCUCAAGCUGAAUACGUCUCAGCGAGAUAACCUUCACCACAGGAAUUUUUGUCAGAAAUGUGUUUCCUUGACGGAUUGUCGGAAUCAUUUGCAGGCUUGCCGUGUAAAUGGCUACUUUUAGGCCCCUUUACGCCUGCUUUGACGUUAUAGAAAAUGUAUUGCCACACUGGCCUCUCUAAAUUAAAUUGGAUUCUUUCUUUUCCAACCAUAACUGUUCCCGUCUUUACCGAUCAUAAUUGCUUUUCCCUAUCAGUCUAAUUCUGAACAAAUCGCAAUUUGAAUGACCAAACUAAUUUGAUCUAUGAAGUUUGAGGGAUCAAAUCAAUGGGAGACGCGUUACGAAGUUAGGGAAUGAUUUUGUGCUAGGAAAUCUUUAUUCUCGUUUGACUGGAAGGAUUUGUGAUGCCUUGCAAAUAACGAAU